CUUUCGACAGGAGGGCUCCGGCUGUCGGCUGUGGCAGCUGUCUGCCGGCAUUCCAGGAGUGACAUCACUCACGACAGGCUCUCAGAACCCCGCGACAGCAGCACAGAGUCCCACACCUUAUUCUGUCCCGGCUCCGCUGCAGCUCCCCUGCCCUGCCUCACACCGCCAGCGCUGUGCUCCAGACCGGGACCCCAGUACCGCCAUGGCGGACCAGUACAACACCAACGAGGAGAAGAUCCUGAGGGACAGCCACAACAAGGAGAUUGAUCUGAUCAACAGGGACCCCAAGCAGAUCAACGAGGACGUGGUCAAGGUGGAUUUCGAGGAUGUGAUUGCAGAGCCGGACGGGACCCACAGCCUGGAUGGGGUGUGGAAGGCCAGCUACACCACCUUCACCGUCUCCAAGUACUGGUGCUACCGCAUACUGUCAGCCAUCUUCGGCAUCCCCGUCGCCCUGCUGUGGGGCUUCCUGUUCGCCUGCAUCUCCUUCUGCCACAUCUGGGCCGUCAUGCCCUGCAUCAAGAGCUACCUGAUCGAGACGCAGUGCCUGAGCCGAAUCUACUCCCUCUGCAUCCACACCUUCUGCGACCCCUUCUUUGAGGCUCUGGGCAAGAUCUUCAGCAGCAUUCGGGUGGCCCUGCGCAAAGAGGUGUAGAUCUACGGGGCGCGGCCCGGUUCUGUCCUGUCAUACUCCCCAUCUGACACGUACCCUCAUAUAACCCUCCCUGCCCAGACCUGCACCUACUUAUCGACAGCCCUGGAACUUUCCGUACGGCUGGGAGCUUCAGUGCCUCUUCUCAACUAAAGAGCGUUAACAGCUUGAUCCAGUAGCAGGCUUGACUUGGCCCUGCCCAGUAUUUUACUAAAUGAAGCGCUGAAGGCGGUGGCAGUGGCUGCUAUGUGUCACCGUGCCUCCAUAUGACAUCAGUAAAAGGCGGGCAGGUCUCAGUACAUGGCCUUGCGAGUCAGCUCUUCAUGUGUAAACAAUGAGUAACAAUGAGUUAGCUUCAGAGGAAUCUGAAUUUAGAAGAUACAAGAUUUAUAUUUAUGUUCAGAAUAUGCCCAACUUAGAUUUUUUUAAAGUCCAUUUUAAACUUUUCUUGAAAUAAAUAUGUAAAAAUAUAGGAACAAUUUACAGAAUGUGAUGUUUCAUAUUUCAUAAUAGAAAUAAUAGUAUUUAAUUUUUAGAAUAAUUAAACCCUUAUCAAGUGUGUGGAUAA